CUCUUUAUGUCUCUCACUCUCUCCCAGACUUCCAUUCGUAUAUUUAUUCAUAUUAAUAGCUGGCUCGAUCCUUGCCCCAUUUCUAACAUGACCAUGGCUCUUCCUCCUCUCCCGGUUUCCAUCUCAUUCUCCGUUUUGAUCCUCAUCCUCGCAUACAAGCUUUACCAGCGGUUCAGAUACAAGCUCCCGCCAGGUCCGCGUCCAUGGCCUGUCGUCGGCAACCUCUACCAGAUUAAGCCGGUUCGGUUCCGGUGCUACGCCGAGUGGGCUCAGUCCUACGGACCCAUCAUAUCGGUCUGGACCGGAUCAACCCUCAACGUCGUGGUUUCAAACACAGAACUUGCAAGACAAGUGCUCAAAGACCAUGAUCAGAAACUGGCCGACCGGCACCGCAACCGAUCGGCCGCAAAGUUCAGCCAUGACGGUCAAGACCUCAUCUGGGCCGACUAUGGACCCCAUUACGUCAAGGUCAGGAAGGUCUGCACUCUGGAGCUCUUCUCUCCCAAGAGGAUUGAGGCUCUCAGACCUAUUCGUGAAGAUGAGGUUACCGCCAUGGUCGAGUCCAUUUACAACGACCAAGCUGAAAACUAUGGAAAGAGCUUGUCAGUGAGGAAGUAUUUGGGAGCGGUGGCCUUCAACAACAUAACAAGGCUAGCAUUUGGGAAACGAUUUGUGAACUCAGAGGGUGUGAUAGAUGAACAAGGGCUCGAAUUCAAGGCCAUUGUCUCAAAUGGGCUCAAGCUCGGAGCAUCGCUGGCCAUGGCGGAGCAUAUUCCAUGGCUUCGUUGGAUGUUCCCACUAGAGGAAGGAGCAUUCGCUCAGCAUGGGGCACGACGAGAUCGACUCACUAAGGAAAUCAUGGAAGAACACACACAAGCACGCAACAAAAGCGGUGGUGUUGCCAAGCAGCAUUUCGUGGAUGCCUUGCUAACCUUGCAAAACAAGUACGACCUUUCUGAGGACACUAUUAUUGGACUUCUUUGGGAUAUGAUUACUGCUGGCAUGGAUACAACUGCCAUUUCUGCCGAAUGGGCCAUGGCAGAGUUGAUUAAGAACCCAAGGGUGCAGCAAAAAGCCCAAGAGGAGCUAGACCAGGUCGUUGGGUUGGAACGGGUCAUGACCGAAGCUGAUUUCUCGAGCCUCCCAUAUUUACAAAGUGUAGCCAAAGAAGCGAUGAGGAUGCACCCUCCGACUCCAUUGAUGCUUCCCCACCGAGCCAAUGUCGAUGUCAAGAUCGGUGGCUACGACGUACCCAAGGGCUCAAACGUACAUGUUAAUGUUUGGGCUGUGGCUCGCGAUCCUGCAGAAUGGAAGGAUCCAAAUGAGUUCCGUCCCGAAAGGUUCCUAGAGGAGGAUGUGGACAUGAAAGGACAUGAUUUUAGACUGCUUCCGUUUGGAGCAGGACGCCGUGUAUGUCCGGGAGCCCAACUUGGUAUCAAUUUGGUGGCGUCCAUGUUGGGCCAUCUACUACACCAUUUCAGUUGGACUCCUGCCGAAGGGGCGAGUCCAAAGGAAAUUGAUAUGUCAGAAAGUCCAGGGCUUGUGACUUACAUGAGAACCCCAUUGCAGGCUGUGCCGACGCCGAGGCUGCCAACAGACUUGUACAAACGUGUGGCAGCUGAUAUGUAGUCUUCAUACCUUUUGUUUGUUCUUCCAACUUUUAUUUCCUUUAAGCCAAAACUUGAGAGCUUAUAUCUGAUCAAUAAUCACACCAAUAGCAAUGUUUUGCA